CGGCUGGGUGCUGCCCCUCCCCUUGGGCGGGGAGGUAGGCACCUGGCGGGCUCCUCCGGUGGCAGACGCCACCGCUGCACACACCUGGUCCCUGUGCCGCCUGCUCCCGCGCGUCCUCCCCUCCCUUCCCUCACCGGCCUGCCAUGGACGGGCCCGCCGAGCCCCGGAUCCCGGCCCUGUGGGACACGCAGGAAAACAUCUUGGAACUCAGCCAGAAGUUGUCAGGCGAAUACUUCAGGUACAAGGGCAUCCCCUUCCCCGUCGGCAUCUACUCGCCCGAGAGCAUCCGCAUGGUAGAGAACGCUGAUGUGCAGGACGACGAUAUCUUCAUCAUCACCUACCCCAAGUCAGGCACCAACUGGAUGAUAGAGAUCCUCAGCUUAAUCCUGAAGGACGGGGACCCAUCCUGGAUCCACUCGGUGCCCAUCUGGAAGCGGGCACCCUGGUGUGAGACCAUCAUGGGUGCACUCAGCCUCUCAGACCAGACCAGCCCCCGCCUCAUGAGUUCCCACCUCCCCAUCCAGCUCUUCACCAAAGCCUUCUUCAACUCCAAGGCCAAGGUGAUCUACGUGGGUCGGAACCCCCGGGACGUGGUGGUCUCGUUCUAUCAUUACUCCAAGAUCGCUGGGCAGUUGAAGGACCCUGGCACGCCUGACCAGUUCCUGCAGAACUUUCUCAAAGGCGAAGUGCAGUUCGGCUCCUGGUUCGACCACAUUAAGGGCUGGAUUCGGAUGCAGGGCAAAGAGAACUUCCUGUUUAUCACCUACGAGGAGCUGCAGCAGGAUCUCCACGGCUCUGUGAAGCGCAUCUGUCAAUUCCUGGGUCGGCCGCUGGGUGAGGAGGCACUGGGCUCCGUCGUGGCGCACUCAGCUUUCGGUGCUAUGAAGGCCAAUGCCAUGUCCAACUACACGCUCCUGCCCCCCAGCCUGCUGGACCAGCGCCACGGCGCCUUCCUCCGGAAAGGGGUGUGCGGUGACUGGAAGAACCACUUCACGGUGGCGCAGAGCGAAGCCUUCGACCGUGUCUACCGCGAGCAGAUGCGGGGGCUGCCCACCUUCCCCUGGGACGUCUCCGAGGACGCCAGCCCGGACCCCGAUCCCAGCCCCAGCCCCCCGGAGGCCUCCGAGCCCCCCAACCCGUGACUCUGAGAAUAAACUCGGCGCUCCUGCCCCGACUCUCGCCGCGCUCUGGAGGGGGCUUGCCGCGGCCGGCCGGCAGGGGGCGCGCGAGGGAGGAGGAGGCUGGGGGUGGGGCCCCGCCGCGCACCCAGGGCCUCCGGAG